UGGCUUUAUGAGUGCUAAACCAUUACAAUGUGUAACACAUGUAGUACUUAAUGGCAAACAUUAUAUCAAACAAACAGUUGUUGUCUUCAAUAUMUUAACAAUAAGUCCAUCAAUCGAUGGCCAACAAGAAGUCGGUGUUUGGAAGUGGACUCGAUGUUCAACUUAAAGUACUUCCAUAUAUUUGCAACGACCAGAAACCAGAAGACAUUAUGAAGACAUUGAAUGGAAUGUCUUUGAAGACUUUGGAGACAGAGUUAAGCAAAAAGAGUGUCAUUAAAGCAGGUUUUGAACAGAACUAUACUGUGGAACCAUUUCGUGUCAGUCGAAGAAUGAAAAAGAAGAUGAAUAGACAAGAAAGUGGUAAAACGUUAGGCAAGAAGUGGUUCGAUAUGAAGGUUGCAGAUGURACUGAAGAAGUGAAAAAUGAUUUAUUAGCUCUAAAGUACCGAAAGGGUUGGAAUAGAGACAGAUUCUACAAGAAGAAUGAUAACAAAGCAUUACCAAAGUUCUUCCAAAUGGGAACUGUUAUCGAAUCCAAAGCAGACUUUUAUCAUUCAAGAGUUCCUAAAAAGGAUCGAAAGAAAACACUUGUUGAGGAACUGUUGGUCGACGCGGAGUUCAAGAAGUAUAACAAAAAACGAUAUUCACAGGCUUUGGCUGAAAAUCCAUAUUAUUUGCGAAUGAAAAGACAUAAACAAAAACAACAAUUGAAAGAGAAAACAGAAGACAAAAGACAUGAAAAAAGACAAAAAUUUAAGAAAAACAAUCGAAAAACUACUAAUAAUUAGUUUUUUUAAUUCCRUUCAAAAUUACGAGUCAUUUGUCAUAAAAUUGAAUUUAAAUAAAUAAUUUUUUWWAAUUAUAUUUA